AUGCCACCUAGGAGAGCAAAUAUCACCCUUGGAGAAUCAUGGGUCGUGGAGGAAGAAGAGGAAGAGGAAGAGGACCAUAGUCCCGACUACGUGCCAGAGAAUGAGGAGAGUGAGCCCAGAUCUCGACGCAGCACACCAAGACAUCGAGCACGAGGGGCAAAUAGAUCUCCCGAACCAGAAUUAGUCAUGCCAUCGUUGGAUAUGAAUUCACUGGAUGGGUCAUGGGCGGAUACAACAAGCAAGGGUAUGCGGCAAUCUGGCAAUCUUUCCGCAGAGAGAUCUAGACUACAAGAAUCCCGCAGAAGAACGUCCCGUCAAGGUCCUAUCAACGGUAGUCCUGAGAAACGAAGCAGAACAAAGCCUUUGUCUGCCCAUAAAACAUCGACUGGCGCAACAUCCUCUCGGUCUAAACUUGUACGCGAUGACCCAAACAGCGCCCAGAAUAUCUUGGAUAUUACUGUCGACCACACUCUCAAUAUAAUGUCGUGGGUCCUCGAUGUUUUUGGACGCGCUUUAAGAAUCCUCAAGACGCCCAUAUCUUACUUACUUGCAGUAUGGCUACUGUUUGGCUUCGGUCUCGUCCUACGAAACCUCGUUACUACUUCGAUAUAUGCUUCUUUGUCACCCAUCUGCCGAAUUCCUGGGACUUCACUACUAAAUCUACCAUUUUGCCCGGUGCAUUCUGCCGACAACAGUAACGGGCCUCCCCCUCCAGUAGAGUUUGAUCGCUUGAUGACGGUUCAGGCCAACUUCGAAAAGGUAUUGGAAGAAAGUGCCGGAGGUGCUUCACUACCCGUCGACAUGAAGCGUGGAGAAGCUUCAAUUCGAGACUUGCGCCAACUUGUCCGCUAUAGUCAGCUGCAUUCUAAGGACGAACUUGUGCUCGAGUUUGAUGGAUUCAUCGAAACUGCACGUAUUGCGUCAUAUGACCUACAGAAAUUCAAUAGUCAUGUUGGUCGAGCAGUUGAUAAUGUUAUCUCCACGACGAGAUGGACCGCCCGGGUCCUUGAUGGGAUCGAAGAACGAGAUGGAUCCCGUGGAUCUAUAAACUCAUUCGUCAAUGACAAACUCCUAGCGCCCUUUCAGCCCACAAAAUUCACGGAGCAGAUUCUAUUAGACCAGUACAUUCAACAUACACGCAGUGUUGAAGAAGAGAUAUACCGGCUAAUCGACCAAGCACAAGCACUUCUCAUGAUUCUCAACAAUUUAGAAGAUAGAUUGGAGGUCAUUCACGGUGUGGCGACUCGGGAAGAUGUCUCCGCAAAAGCCCAGAAAGAGGAGAUUCUUUCAUCGUUAUGGGCGAUGCUAGGCGGCCAUCGGGGCAAGCUAAAUAAGAUGGACCGCCAACUUACCCUCCUCCAACAAGUCGCCAUCUAUCGCAAGACGGCGUAUGCACAUGUCUCUGGGACUAUACUUCGUUUACAAGCCAUGGGUGCUGGACUCGAGGACCUAAGAGAGCGCGUAGGUGGCCCGGAACUGUUGCGCGACAGAAGAGAUAUUCCAUUAUCGGUGCAUAUCGAGAACAUUCAAAGAGGAGUCGAACGACUGGAAGAACAGCGAAUGAAUUAUCGCAAGCUUGAAAACGAGAACCUCAAACAGACACUAGAACGUGGGCAAUCAUCAGAUGGUUCUUUGAUAGAUGGGUAG